AUGGCUUUGAAUUUCAUGCUGUCGGCAUGUAUGAAUCUCUCAGGCAGAAAGAUCUGGGAAGAGCCCCAAAACGGAUUUUGUUCGUUCAAUGGAUUCAUGACGCAAGUUUUUGUGAUACAGACCGACUACUGGGUUCUCAACAUUGCAAUCUGCACGUAUAGCAUCCUCGCAAACCAUAAACGUCUAUAUGGGUGGCUACAAGACCACCCUAUUGUCGUCUUUUUGUGGCCCUGGGUGUUAUCACUUAUAUGGGCCAUACUUGGCUUGGUAUUGGCUGGGUACCAGAAUAUUGGAGGCUUCUGCUGGUUUGCAAGCGACCGCACACGUCUACUCGUCAAUUUCCUCCCCAGAUGGACCAUUAUCUUUAUCAUCAUCGCUCUCUACCUCCGUCUCACCUACAUCCUCCUCCGAAUCCAGAAACAAUUGGAAAGUACAGAAGAAGACACGACGAUCAUACUGUCGGGACAUCAUCGGACGAGCCGCAACAUUGAUUUGCAACAGAAAAACCCGCAGACAAACUCAUAUCCUCAUACUUCGGACUCGCGGUCCGUCACGGCGAAUGCACAGCGCAGUGGGCCGACUUCGAAGUUGAAGAAGGUGGCCAUACGAAUGAUGAUGUAUCCAAUCCUUUACAUGUUGAUUUGGACUAUUCCAACUGCCAUUCGAAUCUAUCAAGGAACUUCCGGCCGCUCUGCUUCACUUAGUAUCAGCUGCGUGGACAAGGCCUGUAUUGUUGUCCAAGGUCUGGCAGACUCAAUUAUCUACGGUCUGAACGAGCGAACGUGGAAUGAGUGGAUGAAAUGGAUAUUCCCACGAAGGAGCAGGAUACACUCAUAG